AUGGGAACGUGUAGUGAAUAUAUAAAAAACACCUUUCCUACAAUAGACGAAGAUUUAAAACAAUAUGUCGAAGGGGUAUUAUCAAAUGGUGCAGACGAGUUUGAGGACAGCGAGGAAGUUUACGAGGCAAUAGGCGAGGUUUUACAAGAAAUUUCAAACGAUAAAUCUGAAGAUGAUAUAAGAAAUAUUUGCAACGAUUUGCUAUGUAUGAUGAAACCGGAUAAGAAAGCCUCAAAUAACGGAGCUAUGAAAGUCCUAAACGCGCCGGUUCACUUAGGCUCGAUGGUGGACAAUUUGGAAGCUACGAUAGACGAUGUAAAAAGUAUAUGGCUUAUACAGAGAGACGAGACAUUGAAAGUAGAUGCAAAAAAAUUAGAAAAGGCAGAAGCUAAAUUACAAGAAAAGCAGGACAAAAGAACUAAAGAGGUAAAAACGGUCACGGCUCCUAAACUUCAAACUGCCUCGGCUUCGCAAGUUACCAGUAAAAAAGAUAGCAAACUAGAAGCCAAAGGGACGAAUCGAACUCAGGAUAUUAGAAUAGAAAACUUCGAUGUCGCUUACGGAGAAAGGGUUCUACUUCAAGGAGCCGAUAUUUGCUUAGCGUUUGGUAGAAGAUACGGUCUCGUAGGGCGAAAUGGUUUAGGAAAAAGUACACUAUUAAGAAUGAUAUCGGGCGCUCAACUGAGAAUACCAUCGCACAUAAGUAUUCUACAUGUAGAACAAGAAGUAAUAGGAGAUGACACAAUAGCUAUAAACAGUGUAUUGGAAUGUGAUACAGUUAGAGAAGAAUUAUUGAAGAAAGAAAGAGAAAUAAGUUCGGCCAUUAAUAAUGGUUCAACUGACCCUCAGCUAAAUUCCGAACUUACCGAAGUGUAUACUCAGCUGCAAAACAUAGAGGCAGAUAAAGCGCCAGCUAAAGCCUCUAUAAUCUUAAACGGUUUGGGUUUUACUACAGAGAUGCAACAGAACGCUACCAAAACCUUUUCCGGUGGCUGGAGAAUGAGACUGGCCUUGGCGAGGGCUCUGUUCUCGAGGCCUGAUCUUUUACUGCUCGACGAGCCCACUAACAUGUUGGACAUCAAAGCUAUCAUUUGGUUGGAGAAUUACCUACAAAAUUGGCCCACUACGUUACUCGUAGUGUCUCACGACAGGAACUUCUUAGAUACAGUACCUACGGAUAUUUUGCAUUUGCAUUCGCAAAGAAUAGAUCCUUAUAGAGGAAAUUACGAACAAUUUGAGAAAACUAAAAACGAGAGAUUGAAGAACCAGCAACGAGAGUACGAGGCGCAAAUGAUGCAAAGGCAACACGUUCAAGAGUUUAUCGACAGAUUUAGGUAUAAUGCUAACAGAGCAGCGUUAGUACAAUCGAAAAUUAAAAUGUUGGAAAAAUUACCCGAAUUGAAACCGAUUAUUAAAGAUACUGAAGUGGUAAUUAAGUUACCUGAUACUGAACCGCUUUCUCCUCCGAUUUUACAACUCGAUGAAGUUAUGUUUAGAUAUAAUUCGGAACGUGUGAUAUUUAGUAACGUCAAUAUUGGUGCUACAAUGGAGUCUAGGAUAUGUAUAGUUGGUGAUAAUGGCGCUGGAAAAACAACACUCCUAAAAAUAAUAAUGGGUUUAUUGUCACCGACUGGAGGUAUGAGACACGUGCAUAGGAAUCUUAAAUUCGGUUAUUUCAGUCAACAUCACGUAGAUCAAUUGAAUAUGAACGUUAACUCGGUAGAACUUUUGCAACUAGAGUAUCCUGGAAAACCUGUAGAAGAAUAUAGGCGACAGUUGGGUAGUUUCGGUAUAUCCGGCGAUUUGGCCCUUCAAGUAGUUUCCAGUUUAUCCGGAGGGCAAAAAUCCAGAGUGGCAUUUGCAGCAAUGUGCAUGGGUCGCCCUAAUUUUUUGGUUCUCGACGAACCUACCAAUCAUUUGGAUAUCGAAACCAUCGAGGCUUUAGGAAAAGCAAUCCAAAAAUAUACCGGAGGUGUUAUAUUAGUUUCGCACGACGAACGUUUGAUUAGAAUGGUGUGCAACGAACUUUGGGUGUGCGGAAAUGGAUCUGUUCGAAGCAUAGAAGGUGGUUUCGAUGCGUACCGUACAAUUGUCGAGCAAGAAUUAGAAGCUGCCAAUCAGGCGAAAUAA